UGCUCGCGCUGUUUCGCGCGCGAAGAGGAAGUACACCGUAACAUCGAGUAUCCAAGUUUUCAUCUCUCUUACCCUCCUCCUCCCCUCUCCCCCUUUCCCCCGCUCCGUCCCCCCACUAUUACCGCUGUCACCGACAUUACUAUACUUCGUCGCCCCCUCCCCUCCCUCACCUGUGAAACCUACUCCAUUGGUGAAGUGCGCGACUGUUGAAAUCAGUGAAAACGUACCGUGGUGUCUCCCCCGCGCAUUAUAACGCCAUACAUAAAUCUACAUACGUAUGUAUACGCGCAUGUACAUCUGCAUCGUCCAGUGUGUUCGAUAAGUGCGAAUUUUUCUUACUUUCUCGACCGGAUCUCUACCUGCCUUGUGUGUGUCCCCUCAACCUCUACUCAUUUCUCUCGUCUAUCAUUCACGGCGUCGCCGGCUUGUUUUUUUUUCAAGUGGAUCGCCGCACAGAGAGAGGCCGCACGAGUGUGACGGAACAAAGGAGGACGUAUUUCAACUUGCGUGAGGAGGUAUCGUCGUUGUGUUGGCCCGCCGCCGGUGAAGCAUGGAGGCUGACGGUGACGCGAAGUGAGCGGGCCCUCUCGUUCUCCCCACUCCCUCCCUUUCGAAAUACGCACCUGCUGACAGACAGAAAACGAAGGCUGAACCCUCUGACUAUACAUAUAUUUAGAAAAAAGAAAAAAAACCGUAACGAAUCACCGCCAAAAGCUAGUAGAAUUUUAGUCAAAGUGUGAAAGAGAGAGAGAGAGAGAGAAAGAGAGAGAGAGGUGCAAAAUAAAUAUAUAUAUACAAUAUAUACGUAUAUGUGUAUAUAUAUAUAUUAUAGAACGAGGAAAAGAGGACGAGAGAAACACAAGAUAUACAUACAUACUUAUAUAAAUAAAUAUAUAAAUAUAUAAAUAAGAAGGAGAGGAAAGAGAGUGAUUCGUGAGUGUGCGUGUAAAUAAGAGCUAUUUUUCGUAUGAGAGCGAGAGAGACGCGCCCUGGCCGGAGAGAAGCGAGAAACGACAUGUUCGAAAGUAUCUUCGGACGAGGGAAGAUUUAGGCUGCUUCUCUUGAAGCCGAAUCGUCAAGUGGAAUAUAAGAGAAAGAAGAAGAAGAGAAAGAAAAAGAAGAGAGCGAAAGGAUACCGUCGCGUCACGGUUGUUUGGACGUUGUUUCGAUGUUCUCCAGUCCGGAUCGCCGGCGUUUCUUCCCCCUACAGAGGAAUAGUCCCUCUCGCGGAGACUGAUCGAGCCGAUAUAUAUAUAUAUAUAUUUCGUGAAAGAAACCGCAGUGAAGGAGGCGAACAAGUAUCGAAGGUAAAGCGAGGAGGUGAAAAAAAAAAGUGAAAAAGAAGGAAGGAAAGAGAGGGAGAAAGAGAAAGAGAGCUAAAGAGAGGAAGGAAAUAUAGAGAGCGAUCGUGUGGCAUCGAGAGGGCUGGCUCCAUGUUGUGAGCGUCUGAGGACUGCCGAGGGCAGCAGCGAAAGGGCGGAGUAGGGUGCCGCCGCCGUUAUGGAGUACGGUGGCGGGGGCGGUGGGACACGCGGGGGUGUCCAGCCACCCUCCGCGGGGGCGAGGGGCAUCGCCGGCACCGACACUACCGACGCUGCGUGGCACAAACACGAACAAAUGAUGCUCAUGGAGUCCAGGCACAAGCAACAAUUGAGCGGGAGGACGGGGACCGGCGGUGCGCCCCUUUACGGGCGCCUGGUGGCCGAGGAGCCCAUGCCCUCCGCGGUAUGCGGUGGAGCCGGUGCCGCGGGUGGCGGGGCUGCCGGCGGGGUUCCACAGGAGACCCCCUCGGACGCGUCCACCUCAUCAAGACCUACAAGCACAUCAACGAGGUGUUUUGAAAAUUGGAUAGCUGUGGGGCGCAAUGAGGUCAAAUGCGUCAUAUUCGGCCUUAUUGAAGCAGUUUUAGUAAUUUUGAAAAGUGGUAAUUUUCCACAGGACUGGAGCGUACUCUUCCAAGUCAUUCUGUGCGUCAAUAUAGUACCAAACGUAUCCAAAGAACAUCGUGAACUCCUUUCGCUAAAAUUUUGCAAUUUUAUAUUCACGCCACGUAUUCUUGCGACUGUGGUACGAGGUCCGUCGACGCCGGAAUCCUGCAUAUCCGUGGAUGCAGGUCGACUAGCUAUGCGCUUAGGUGCCAGCCGUGCCGACUCCGUGCCGGUCCAUGGCGGUGCGGUCUCUCUAGCGGCCGGUUCGCACCGAUUAUUCGUGGUAUCAUGA